CGCGGCCGCGGCCGCGGGGGGCCGCGGAAUGGCAGGCCCGGCGGCCGCAGCGGCAGGGGCGGCAGGGGCGAGCGCGCCAGCCCCAGCAGCAGCAGCAGCAUCACCACCACCAGCCACAGCCUUGGGGUCAGAUCGGUUAGAUUCUGACGAGCAUCUUCGAGAACGCAGUGUCGACGCAUGGGCUGCAGCGAGGAGACCAUGUCAGGCUGUGGGAGGCUCCGAUGCCAGUGGAGCACAUGCCGGCUGCGCCGACGGCGAUCCGCGCGGCGCCGAAGCAUGCGCAGGACACGGCGGCCCUCGAGUCGGCGGUCUUCUUCGCGGCGCACCUGAAGGCAGACCACAAGGCGCACGCGACGACGAAGCUGAGCAGCCACUACUUCGUCCAGUCGGCGACUCGCCUCCGCCAGCAGCGCCGCCAGGAGAUCAGCGAAGGCCGCGUCGUGGAGGAGCUCGACAGAUUGGGAGGUCCACGCCCGCACUUGCGGGUGGCUCUCGCGGGUGCACUGAAGCUGAUGGGAGACAGAGUGGGCGCGUAGACGGCCGCAAAGACACGACAGUACAUGGGCGGCAUCAGGGCGGGCCAGACGCUCACCAACGACGCGCUCGCGAGCAAAGUGAAGUACUGCAGGGCGAACUACACUCACGACUAGGCACAGGUGCUGGCGGCGUCGGCCCAGUGCGGCGCAUCCACCAAGAAGGGCACCCCGCCCAAGUGCCACCAGGAGAGACUCUUGCAGCUGGCGCUGGACUGACUGUGGGAUCUCUGACGAGGACGAUCAAUAAUAUGGAACCGAGUAUGAGGCGAGACCGUGGAAAGAGCGG